AUGCAGCAGCAGUUACAAACCCUGACAGCAGACCUGCAGAGAGAGCUGCAGGAGAUAGGAAACCGCACAGCUCAAAUGGAGUCUAAAAUGGAAAAAUAUGUAGAGGCACAUAAUAGUCUGGCUGACAAACUACAGGAAUUUGAUGAUAUUCUGGAGUCCCACAGGCUCAAAUUAGCUGACAUGGAAGAUAGGGCGAAGAGGAACAAUCUGCGGUUCAGAGGAAUACCCGAAACGGUUCCCAACGCCGAACUGCAACACUAUCUAUCAAAAAUGUUCCAGAGCCUCGUACCAGAACUACAUCCAGAUCAACUGAUAAUUGAUAGAGCACACAGGCUGUGCAGACCGAAACACCUACCACAAACGGCAGUGAGAGAUGUGAUUGCUAGAAUACACUUUUUUCAUGCAAAAGAUCGAAUCUUGCGAGCUAGUAGGAGUUCGGGUAUGCCGCCUGAGUACAGUUCCCUCAAGAUCUUCGCAGACAUAUCAGCGGACACUCUCCACUUCCGAAAAUCAAUGGUGCCGAUUACUUCCAUCCUGCAGGAGGACACCAUGAUCUACAGAUGGGGAUUCCCCGCCAAACUUCUGAUCUCCCACCAAGACGCAAUACACUCCAUCACAACUCUGAAACAGGGCGCUCAGAAACUGGGCGAUUGGGGGCUCACUCAACCGGCACCAGAAUCGACGAAAUCGAGGACAGUACCUAGGAGGUUGCCAGAAUGGACUGUCAAAUGA